AUGUUCCGGAAACGCACUGGCCCCCCCCUUACCGACGCUCCUCCGGCUUACACGCCUACUGCCCAAACCACCCCUGCGGCUUCGUCCAGUCGCGCCAGCGCCGGCACCACUACCGCCCUGGGGGACGAUGACCGUUUUGCCUUUCUCCGCUCGCGCUGGGACGAAGUCGCCGACGUGCUCCGCGCGGUGACGCCCAUCUGCGCCGCCCGCGACGACGACGGUCUCGACGUUUACUUUCUCAACCACCGAUCACCCAGCAGCCGCGCCGCGCCGCCCGGCAAAGCCGCUGGCGGGUACUACAAUGUCCGCGACGCCGCCGCGGUGACGCGCAUGUUUGGCGCCACCCAGCCCAACGGCUGCACGCCGACGGGCAAGCGUCUCGAGGAGAUACUCGAUGCCUACCUGAAGCGCCUGGAGGCGGCGCCCAGUCCCAAGAGCGUCAAGUCGAUGAACGUCAUCGUCAUCACCGACGGCGACGCCACGGACGACCCCGCCGGCGUGCUCAUCAAGGCGGCGGGCCACCUGAACAAGCUGAACGCCGCGGCGUCGCAGCUCGGCGUGCAGUUCUUCCAGGUCGGCCGCGAUGCAAGGGCCAAGGAGGCCCUGCAGGAGCUGGACGACGGACUGUCGAAGCACUCGGGCAGGGACAUUGUCGACGCGGUGACGUGGGACAAUACAUCGCGCGGGGGACCUAGCUUGACUGCCGAGGGCGUCCUGAAGGUGGUGCUUGGCGCCGUCUCGAGACGACUGGACUGGAAGCCCAUGGGCGGCGGACGAUAG